AAGAUCAUUCAUACCAACUUCACCAACCACUCCAAGACAAGUUAUAAUAUAACCCAAUUUCUAGACAGACGUACAUCACAUGGCAUCCCAGGCUAUUUUGCUGUUGCUCUUAGCUCAUUUCAUACGACAAGUACCAGAAAUAAAUGCUAAAAUUCCAGCAAUUAUAGUGUUUGGAGAUUCUACCGUGGACUCAGGGAACAACAAUGAGAUAUCUACGGUUCUAAAGAGCAAUUUUGAGCCAUAUGGCAGGGAUUUCCCUGGUCGUAAGCCAACAGGACGUUUUUCCAACGGUAGGCUUGCAACAGACUUCCUUUCUGAAGCUCUUGGAAUCAAGCCAGCAAUUCCUCCAUAUUUGGAUCCGGCUUAUGACAUAUCAGAGUUCGCUACUGGGGUUUGCUUUGCUUCUGCUGGAACUGGUUAUGACAAUGCUACUUCUGAUGUGCUAUCUGUAAUACCUCUUUGGAAAGAAUUGGAGUACUACAAAGAAUAUCAGGGUAAACUAAGAAAGUACCUUGGCAAUGAGAAAGCUAAUCAGCUUCUCAGUAAGGCACUGCAUCUGAUAAGCAUCGGCACCAAUGACUUCCUAGAAAACUACUACGUGUCCUCAAACAGGUCAUCAGAGUACUCUGUCGGGGAGUACCAGAAUUUUCUUAUAGGAAUUGCUACAGAUUUCAUCAACCAUCUUUACCAGCUGGGAGCGCGGAAGAUAUCAAUAAUCGGGCUUGCUCCAAUGGGUUGUGUACCAUUGGAGAGAACAACAAACAUCUUAUUUGGAAGGAAAUGUAUUGAGGCGUAUAACAAUGUGGCUAAGGACUUCAAUAAGAAGUUGCAGGGGUCAAUCAUGAAGCUGCAAAAGGAGCUUGAUGGAAUCCAGCUAGUGCUUGCAGACGCAUAUGAUUUUGUCUUAGAAAUGAUUGAUAAUCCAAAUUCCUUUGGAUUUGACGAUGUGGAGACAGCAUGUUGUGGGACAGGAUACAUCGAGAUGAGUUACAUGUGUAACAGAGGUAGCUUAUUCACAUGUUCAGAUGCUAAUAAAUAUAUGUUCUGGGACUCCUUCCACCCAACAGAGAAGACUAACAGCAUUGUGGCAGAUUAUUUGUUCAAAAAUUACUUAGCUCAGUUCAAAAAUGACUCACCUCAGUUCAAAAAUGACUCAGCUCCGUUCAAAAAUGACUCAUUUUCGUUAACCAUGAGUUACAUGCCAUUCUGUAUAUUCGUUGUUUACACAACAAUCAAUCGUUUUCUGGCUUAACGAAAAAUGAGAUCCGAACGGCUUAUUAUUUUCAUUUUCUGAUUUCGAUAUUAUUUUUUUUACUAUUUUAACUUUUAAGUCCAAAACAGUGGCCUUUUUUUAACACUUCAGGAGCCACCACGAAUACGCAUACGAACAACAUAAAAUUGACGGGACUGA